AUGGACCCCACGAAGGCCGUGACCCUUCACACCGAGAAGAAGAGGCCAGCGGACUGGAAGCGUGACAUUGGGGGCCGCGAUGAGAAGAAACCCAAGGCGGAGAAGGAGGAGAUGGAGGAACCCGCAGUGAAGCCCACCUGGCUCUCGGUGGGGUUGGUGGUGAAAAUAUUGGACAAGUCCCAAGCCGAAGCGUACAAGCGAAAGGGGGUGAUUCGCUCGGUGAAACAGGAGAAAGUCAACACGGCGAGCGUCGAGCUGCUCGGCGACGACGUAAAGAUGACGGUGACGGUGCGGGAGAAGCACCUGGAGACGGUUCUACCGGCUGUGGGCAAGCCGGUUCGGGUGGUCAAGGGCGAAUCCGCCGGUGCAACUGGCGAGCUUCGCAAGCUGCACGAGAAGCGAUUCCUCGCGGAGGUGGCCAUCGACGCGUCGGACGGCGUGCGGCAACGGGUGGAAUUUCUUCAGUACGACGAGGUGUGCAAGCUCAACCGCUAA